AUGGCAUUGGCAGCCCAGCCUAAGAACCUGCAGAUUGAGAAUGGUGUUUUGAACCUUCCUAGGAACAUUCGGUGCAACAAGUGUAGGAAAUACCCUGGCCAAAGACACCAAGAUCAAUUCCCGCAAAGAAAAAUCCUCCGGCAACUUGGUACGUACUUGGGUUGUUAUAAUAAUCUCGUUUGGGAGUAUUUGGGGAUUAAAAACACCAGAUUUCACUUCAGUUGUACCCAGUGCUCGGCUGGGAUCGUCUUAAGGACAAACCCACAAUUGUCACGCGUUCUUUGUGAGUCCGAUGCUACACUAUUUUGUGGUGAUCGACUUCCCGGACGUCUUCCAUAUGGGCUUGAGGAGGACAAGAGUUGUUACCUCUUAAUUCCAGUCCACAAGACCAAGUGUUUAGCCACCUAA